AACCGUGGGUUUGGUUUGUGGUACUUGCCCAGCCCUCCUGUCGGUGUGGCUCCUAGGGUAUCGAGUGCUCUCUGGGAGUUUUGAUUAAAGCCCAAAUACCUUCAGUCAGAAGGCUGGGCACUGGAAAAGAAGACCGUACAGGGGCCUGGAGUGGCUGAGAGAAGAGGCUAAACACAUACUUAUGGCUGUUUAGUGUAAUUAUCCAUCACAUUUGGGAUUGUGGAAGGGAAGUAAUUUAAAAUCAGUUGAAGUCGCCCAAGUUUUGUUCACUUUUGUGGGCGCCGACCAUGGAGAUGCAAAGGUGGUCCACAAGGUGGAAAACGAAAAGGUGGAUUAUGGAUUCCACUGUAACCGCAUUCAUCACUUUAACCCUGGUUCUGCAGGCUACACAUGUCAGAGCAGCUGAACCGGUGGACGUGCUAAAAGUAUUAGAAUUUCACAAUUCCCCCGAAGGAGUUCGGAAAACAUCAGGAUUUUGCACAAACCGAAGAGCGUCGAAGCCGGACACAGCCUACAGAGUUGGAAAACUGGCCCAAAUCAGUGCUCCCACCAAGCAGUUAUUCCCAGGGGGUGUGUUCCCUGAAGACUUCUCCAUCCUGACCACCCUCAGGCCCAAGGCCGGCCUCCAGUCCUUCCUGCUGUCUGUUUACAGUGAGCAGGGCGUGCAGCAGCUGGGGGUGGAGGUGGGACGCUCACCUGUCUUCCUGUAUGAGGACCAGAGUGGCAAGCCCGCCCCUGAGGACUACCCCCUGUUCCGCUCUCUCAACCUGGCCGACGGAAAGUGGCAUCGUGUGGCCAUCAGUGUGGAGAAGAAGACGGUCACCAUCAUCGUGGACUGUAAACAGAAGAUCACCAAACCCCUCCUCAGGAGUGACCGUGCCUCUAUUAACACCAACGGGAUCACUGUGUUCGGAACCAGGAUCCUUGACGAGGAAGUCUUUCAGGGUGACAUCCAGCAGCUGCUGAUUGUGGCUGAUCCUAAAGCAGCUUAUGACUACUGUGAACACUACAGCCCCGACUGUGAAACUCCCCACGGGCACUCCCUGCAGGCCCAGCAGCCCGAGGACGAGUACACUACUGCUGAUGACUUAGAUUACACUCAGUUCUAUGAUUACUCUGAAGUAGAAGGAGAGACAGAGAAUGUUCCAACAGACGAGUAUGAGGCGGGUAGUGACCCUCAGCUAAACAAUGUAGACGGAGAAUACACUGAGUAUACUGACAGUGAGCUUGACUACGGAACUGUAGAGGGUACUCAAACUCAGUCUCCCAUUGCCACCAGUGGACCAAACGAGGCUGUCGAGGAGGAGAUUGUUGCUGGUGACUAUGUUGUCACUGGAGCCGCCCCACUGAGUCAGGAGCCCACCGGUGCCCCCGAGGCUGGCCUGGACAGUGUGGACCCCGGAGUGGACGAGUAUGACUUUAAGGAGUAUGACCUAGGGGGCGUGUUGGACAAUAAGCAGUAUGAGUAUGGGGUGUAUGAUGAGUAUGGAAAUGUGGCCGCUGAGCUACCCAACCACAUGGAUACUGUUGAAGAAGAGGUGGGGCUGGGGGUUCCCGCGGAAACGGAGGAAUUCACCCAGACUGCAGUGGCUGGUGGUGGGGAGAAAGGAGAGAAGGGCGAACCCGCUGUGAUCGAACCUGGCAUGCUGAUUGAAGGACCUCCUGGACCUGCAGGCCCAGCUGGUCUACCAGGCCCCUCAGGUCUGCAUGGACCCCCUGGUGUUGCUGGAGAUCCUGGUGACAGGGGUCCCGCAGGGCGGGCUGGUCUGGCAGGAGCCGACGGUUUACCAGGUCCUCCUGGUACCAUGCUGAUGCUGCCAUUCCGUUUUGGAGGGGACGGAGAGAAGGGACCCGUGGUGUCUGCUCAGGAGGCCCAAGCCCAGGCCAUCCUCUCCCAGGCUAGACUCGCCAUGAGAGGUCCCUCAGGUCCAAUGGGUCUCACAGGAAGAUCCGGUCCAGUGGGUGUUCCUGGUUCUGCUGGACUUAAAGGUGACAGUGGAGAUCCUGGUCCUCAGGGCCCCAGGGGAGUCCAAGGGUCUGCAGGACAAAUAGGCAAAUCUGGCAAGAGGGGUCGUGGCGGAGCCGAUGGGGCCCGAGGAAUGCCUGGAGAGUCAGGCUCUAAGGGUGACAGAGGCUUUGAUGGCCUUCCCGGUCUGCCUGGUGAGAAGGGACACAGGGGGGAGACAGGACCACUGGGACCACCUGGAGCCCCUGGAGAGGAUGGACAGAGAGGCGAGGAUGGAGAGAUCGGGCCAAGGGGAUUGGCUGGAGAGAGUGGUCCUAGAGGUCUGCUUGGGCCCCGCGGUCCACCCGGUCCCACUGGACAGCCUGGUGUAGCUGGAGUGGACGGGCCACACGGUCCCAAAGGAAACAUGGGACCUCAAGGAGAGCCAGGACCUCCGGGUCAGCAGGGGAUCCCAGGGACACAAGGUCUUCCUGGUCCUCAAGGUCCCAUCGGACCGCCUGGUGAAAAAGGACCUCAGGGCAGGUCGGGGUUGGCUGGUUUACCCGGGUCAGAUGGACCUCCUGGUCAUCCUGGUAAAGAGGGCCCACCUGGUGAGAAGGGAGCUUUAGGCCAGUCAGGUCCCCAGGGUCCUAUUGGUUAUCCUGGUCCUCGUGGUGUCAAGGGUGCUGAUGGUGUUCGUGGACUGAAGGGUGGAAAGGGAGAGAAGGGUGAGGACGGUUUCCCUGGGUUCAAGGGAGACAUGGGUCUCAAAGGUGACAGGGGUGAGCUCGGUGUGCUUGGGCCCCGCGGGGAGGACGGACCUGAGGGCCCCAAGGGCCGAGCAGGGCCCAACGGAGAGUCUGGCCCCAUGGGUGCUGCUGGAGAGAAGGGAAAACUGGGUGUUCCAGGAUUACCCGGCUACCCAGGAAGACAAGGUCCAAAGGGUUCCAGCGGCUUCCCGGGCUUCCCAGGGGCCAACGGAGAGAAAGGAGCCAGGGGCGUGGCGGGCAAACCCGGUCCAAGGGGGCAAAGAGGUCCAACGGGUCCACGAGGGGGUCGGGGUGCUAGAGGUCCUACAGGCAAGCCAGGCCCUAAGGGCACGGCGGGCAAUGAUGGUCCACCUGGCCCGCCUGGCGAAAGAGGACCUCAAGGACCCCAGGGCCCCGUCGGGUUCUCAGGACCAAAGGGCCCCCCUGGACCACCUGGAAAGGAUGGGCUGCCCGGCCACCCUGGUCAGCGAGGAGAGACGGGAUUCCAAGGAAAGACAGGUCCACCCGGCCCAGGGGGUGUCGUUGGUCCUCAGGGUCCCACAGGAGAGACCGGUCCCAUCGGUGAGAGAGGCCACCCUGGACCCCCAGGUCCACCCGGAGAGCAGGGUCUUCCCGGCUCUGCUGGCAAAGAGGGAGCCAAGGGAGACCCCGGUCCCCAAGGAGCCUCAGGUAAAGAUGGUCCCGCUGGUCUACGAGGAUUCCCAGGAGAGAGAGGUCUUCCCGGCGCGUCGGGUCCAGCUGGUUUGAAGGGAGGAGAAGGACCUCAGGGUCCCUCUGGCCCCGUGGGCUCCCCUGGUGAGAGAGGUGCUGCUGGACCUGCCGGCCCUAUCGGUUUAUCUGGUAGAACUGGCCCUCAGGGGCCCCCAGGACCUGCUGGAGAGAAGGGAGGGCCUGGUGAGAAAGGUCCCCAAGGACCAGCUGGUCGGGACGGAGUCCAAGGUCCAGUGGGUCUGCCUGGUCCCGCCGGACCUCAGGGUCCACCCGGAGAGGACGGUGAUAAGGGAGAGGUUGGAGAGCCAGGUCAAAAGGGAAGCAAAGCAGACAAGGGUGAACAGGGUCCUCCUGGCCCAGCUGGUCUCCAGGGUCCCAUCGGUAAUCCAGGACCUGCAGGAGGUGAUGGAGAGCCCGGUCCCAGGGGUCAGCAGGGGAUGUUCGGACAGAAGGGAGACGAAGGAUCCAGAGGUUUCCCCGGGCCCCCUGGUCCCAUUGGUCUGCAGGGUCUUCCUGGACCUCCAGGAGAGAAGGGUGAGAAUGGCGAUGUCGGUCCGAUGGGUCCCCCCGGUCCACCUGGUCCCAGAGGUCCUCAGGGUCCUAGUGGAGCUGAUGGUGCACAAGGUCCUCCUGGUGGUGUGGGUGCCAUGGGAGGCGUGGGUGAGAAGGGUGAAAACGGUGAAGCUGGCAACCCAGGAACCCCUGGAGAGCCCGGAACUGGAGGGCCUAAAGGCGAGAGAGGAGACAAGGGAGAGGCAGGACCACCCGGAGCUGCCGGACCCGCUGGCGCCAAAGGACCCCCUGGAGAUGAUGGACCCAAAGGCAACCCCGGGCCGGUUGGUUUCCCUGGAGACCCUGGUCCACCCGGUGAGGCCGGUGUUGCUGGAACUGAUGGCUCUGCGGGAGAGAAAGGAGAGGAUGGUGAAUCUGGUCAGCCUGGUCCUCCUGGUCCAUCUGGUGAAUCUGGUCCACCUGGUCCUCCCGGCAAGAGAGGCCCCCCAGGAACUGCCGGUGCAGAGGGUAGACAAGGAGAGAAGGGCGCCAAGGGUGAGUCUGGAGCUGAGGGACCCCCAGGUAAAACUGGCCCAGUCGGCCCACAGGGGCCCUCAGGAAAGCCCGGUCCAGAAGGUCUGCGUGGAAUCCCUGGCCCUGUUGGUGAACAAGGACUUCCUGGUUCCUCUGGACAAGACGGCCCACCUGGACCUAUGGGACCCCCUGGUCUCCCAGGUCUGAAGGGUGACCCCGGGACCAAGGGUGAAAAGGGUCAUUCAGGUCUGAUUGGUCUGAUUGGACCCCCUGGCGAGCAGGGAGAGAAGGGAGACCGAGGCUUGCCCGGACCCCAGGGUUCUCCUGGAGGCAAGGGCGACGGUGGUAUUGGUGGCUCUUCAGGUCCUCUCGGUCCUCCUGGUCCUCCAGGCCUGCCUGGUCCUGGAGGUCCUAAGGGAUCUAAGGGUUCAUCGGGUCCUGCUGGUCAGAAGGGAGACACCGGUACGAUCGGUCCACCUGGUCCUCCUGGUCCCCCUGGCGAGGUGAUCCAGCCACUGCCCAUCCAGUCUCCCAAGAAGAACCGCAGACAUGCAGACAUGCAGGCAGACGCGGCGGGCACCAUGAUGGACUACGGAGACGGCAUGGAGGACAUCUUUGGUUCGCUCAACAACCUCAAACAGGACAUUGAGAGGAUGAAGUACCCAAUGGGCACACAGAACAACCCAGCCAGGACCUGCAAAGACCUGCAGCUCGCCCACCCAGAGUUCCCUGAUGGCGAGUACUGGAUAGAUCCUAACCAGGGAUGUUCAGGGGACUCCUUCUCUGUCUACUGUAACUUCACGGCUGGAGGAGAGACCUGUAUCUACCCAGACAGGAAGUCCAGCGGAGUCAGAAUAUCUUCAUGGCCCAAAGAAAUACCAGGGUCGUGGUUCAGUGAAUUUAAGCGGGGUAAACUAUUGUCAUACGUUGACGCAGCCGGCAACACAAUAAACGAGGUUCAGAUGACCUUCCUGAAACUACUGACUGCCUCUGCCAGGCAGAACUUCACCUAUAACUGCCACCAGUCUGUGGUGUGGCACGACGAGACCACCAACAGCUAUAACAAGGCGCUGCGAUUCCUAGGAUCCAACGACGAGGAGAUAUCCUAUGACAACAACCCCUACAUCAGGGCCCUCGCAGACGGAUGCGCGACGAGGAAGGGCUACGGAAAGACUGUGAUAGAGAUUAAUACUCCCAAAAUCGAUCAGGUUCCCAUCAUAGAUGUCAUGUUGUAUGACUUUGGAGAUGCCAGCCAGAAGUUUGGAUUUGAAGUGGGUCCAGUCUGCUUCCUUGGCUAACUAAAAAAACAAAAAAACUUGGUGGGGUCAGAAAGAAAGUCAAGACAUUUUGGAUACCACCCAGCCCCCCCACCCUUUUCCAUGCCACAUGCAAGUUUUGAAUAAAAAAAAAAAAUGGUGUAGCGAACAUGUCUUGCCAUGUAUGUAUGUAUUACCUAGAAAAAUACUUGUUGCCCUUGUAGGGCUAGAAUCACAUGACUUAAAACUGUUAUGGAGCAACGGUGAAGGACAUUUGAAGGCGUGGCAGGGUAAGGGUGAACAGGAGAAGAACGAGGGUGGGUCGAAAGGAGAGAGACACCUCUUUUCCGGUUUCUCCGGGUGCUGUACAAAAGAAAUGACUACAAUGGUGCUUGUUCAAACAACAAAAUAAAGAGGUGCUAAGAAAGAAGGUGCAUUUUGAUGCUAAAAAAAAAAACUGUAAUUAUUAUUUUGUACAAUCUGUUUUUUCUGAAUCCACUUUCAAAACUUGCAUGUGUAUCAGAAUCGCAUCUGGCUCUUAAUUUCAAUGUUCGUAAACAAAAUAUAUAUAUAAGUUAAAGAAAUGAAUAAAAACAGACAGAGAGAAAGAAAUAAUGAUGAUAUUUUGUUGAUGAAUAAAUACUGUGUACCUGUUAUGAAGCAAAUAAAAUUAGUAUUCAAACGAUUCCCUAUUUCUAAUGAUAAUGCAUCCCUUUUGUAUAUAUUGACCAUCCAAAGCUCUAGGUUAUUUGCAGUUUUGCCCUUCAAGACCAUAGGUAAAACAACUGGAAACAUCUCACCAGCACACAUAUAGCAACAUAUCCCACUAAUGUUGUGAUCCUGUGCUUGUAUUAAGCAAUCAUGAAAUUCAUUCUUCUUUUUAUUUAAGUAAAUUUGUUGUUUUGAUUUGUUUUUAAAAAAAAAUAAUCUGUCCGUUUUUCUUUUUGGUCGUAUACCUCAAACUUUCUUGAUAACCAUAAGAUCCAUGGAUGUUAUGCCCUGUAUAUAUCUUGGUUUCAACAAUUAAGUUUAUAUAUUUUGGGUGGGGAAUUUUUUAAAGAAAGAAAUACUUAUCGGUUAGACAUCUUCUGUUCAGAUCCUUCUGUGAAUACAAUGAUAAGUCCUUUAGGUGACCCAUUUUUGUAACUAAAAUGAGAAAAUGUUUUGAUGUGCUUUUAAUGGUUCAUUUAAAAUAUUAAAACUGGAUUCUAAACAACAG